UUCUCGGAAUGAGUGAAGUUUGUUGAUGAGUUGUGAGCCGAACGGCGAUUAUGACUUCUAUUCAAAAAGCUUUAAAAUCUCAUUUUGGUUUCGAAAAAUUCAGGUCUCAGCAACAAGAGGAUGUUGUCAAUGCGGUUGUUAAAGGUGACAGAGAUGUGUUCGUGUGCAUGCCAACCGGAGCGGGCAAGUCCCUGUGCUACCAGCUCCCUGCGGUGCUGGCGAACGGCAUCACCCUGGUGGUGUCCCCGCUCAUCGCGCUCAUCCAGGAUCAGGUGGAUCAGCUGCAAGCCCGGAACAUACCUGCCUGCUCCAUCAAUUCCAAACUGCCUGCCCAGGAGCGGCGGAGCAUUCUGGAGGACCUGGAGAGGGACAGCCCGUGUCUGAAGCUGCUGUACGUCACCCCGGAGAUGCUGGCCUCUCCCUCCUUCCAGCCCUGCCUGAGCAGCCUGAGCGCACGCGGCCUGGUGUCCCGCCUGGCCGUGGACGAGGCGCACUGCGUGUCCCAGUGGGGGCACGACUUCCGGCCGGACUACCUGAAGCUGGGGCAGCUGCGGGCGCGGCUGCCGGGGGUGCCCUGCGUGGCGCUGACCGCCACGGCCCCCCGCCGGGUGCAGGAGGACGUCGUGCGCUCCCUAAACCUCCGCCACCCCCUCUCCUUCUCCACCCCCGUCUUCCGCAGCAACCUGCGCUACGACGUCAUCUUCCGGGACGUCCUGCCGGACGCUUACACGCACCUGCACGCCUUCAUCAAGAAAGCCCUGGGGGACGGCCCUGCUGGACAGGGCUGUGGGAUCGUGUACUGCCGCACCAGAGAUGGCUGUGAGGAAGUGGCUCACCGCCUCACGAGGCUGGGCGUGUCCGCCAGACCCUACCAUGCAGGGCUGAAGACCGCCGAUCGCACGGAGGCGCAGAGCGACUGGAUGCAGGGGAAGGUGUCCGUCAUCGUGGCCACCAUCAGCUUCGGCAUGGGUGUGGACAAGCCUGACGUCAGGUUUGUGGCCCACUGGAACCUGGCCAAGUCCCUGGCCAGUUACUACCAGGAGUCGGGGCGAGCGGGGCGGGACGGGCUGCCUGCUUCCUGCCGCACGUACUACUCCUCCCAGGACCGGGACCAGAUCGGCUUCCUCAUCCGCAAGGAGAUCGCGCGCAUCCAGAAGAAGCGUGGUUCUGAGAAGGAGCAGGACCGGGUGGCCGUCACGGACUUCGAGGCCAUGGUGGCGUUCUGUGAGCAAGAGGCGUGCCGGCACGCCACCAUCUCUCAGUUUUUCGGGGACGGGAGGCCGGACUGCGCGGGGGCGUGCGAUUUCUGCCGGGACCCGCGGGUGGUGCGGGCCCAGCUGGAGGCAGCGGCCCGACUCAGCACCAGAACCGGCCCGGCCCAGAGCAGGGAGCCCAGCGGUCCGUUCGGCUUCGACCCGCAGCUCUACGCCGGGGGUCGCAAGGGCUACGGGUUCGAGAGGUAUGACGAGGACAGUGGAAGCGACAAGGAGGACGACUUUGAAAAUCGGAAGAAAGAAUUUGGAAACUUGUUCAGAAAACAAAUGAAAAUGCGUAAGGGUUCUGGUGUUAAGGAGGUGUUUGUCCCCCCAGAUGCAGACUGUCCCCUGAGAGAGGCCAGCAGCCAGAGAAUCCCCAAGCUCACUGUCAAGGCGAGAGAGCACUGUCUGUCCCUCCUGCAGUCUACACUAGACAGCCACCAGGAGGCAGCAGUCUUGGAGGAAAGCUCUGACACACGAUCCUUGGCUGUGGAGAUGGAGCAUGAAGUAUUCAGAUCCAGCAAGAGUGCCAACCUCUACAAGGCAUCUGUACUGAAGAGGGUGGCAGAGCUGAAGAAGGGAGCAGAUGGAGUGACGUCGCCCCCUGUGGGCGGAGGAGAAAACAGCAGCCAUGGAGAUGGACUGACUGACUCCAAACCUGAUCCAUCCUCCUCAUCCUCCUCUUCCUCAUGUGGAGACUUCCUGGGAUUCACACCUGCCUCCCAAGUGUACUCUCUGAAGAGGAAGAGAGUGGGCGCUGGAUUGCGGGGUUCCUCGAACCCGUUCCAGACGGCGGCCGAGCUGCUGAGCAGGGAGCAUGAUGUCAGUGGGGGGGCGGGGCCGGGGGCGGGGCCUGGAGCGGGGGCGGGGCGUGAUGCGCAGACCGCAGACGCUCCCUGUAGACCCGGCAGCCCGGAGGCAGGGAGGGGCAGGAAGCGGAAGACUGAAUCCGCGGACUCGCCCCCCCCGCCCCCGCCCCCGCCCCCGCCCCCCCCGUCUCUGAGCAGCCCCGCGAAGGGGCGGGCCAGCAGGAAACAGCAGAAGCUGGCACAGGCCGCCAAGAUGUCGCUCUCCAUCUUACAGUACUUCAGUAAGAAGCCGGAGGAAGGCUCCGCCCCCACCACUGCCCAGGGGGGCAAGACUGACCUGCAGGCAGCCAGAAAACCUGAGGGUGAUGAUGCAGUCGAAGCCGAAGCCCCUGUGGAUAAACAGCCCUCACAGGAGGUACAGGAAGGAGUUUCCUGGGAACAGGAAACGGUUGUGGUGGAAGUGGUGAUGUUAGUGAUGUUAAGCAGUGUCUGGGGUGUCAUAAUGUCUCUGUUCUCUCUGGACCAGCUGGAGAACAAGCGCGUGGAGAACGGGGACCGCCCAGCCAGCAAGAGACAUCGCCCCCUGCAGGACAGCAAGAGACAAGUCACCUUCAACUCCAGCGUGCAGGAGAAACAUGAGAGCCAGGCAGCUACGGAGGCAGUGCAGGUUCCAGAGACGCCUGCACAGGAGGGGGGAGGGAAGACUGUGACUCCACAGGAAGGAGGAGGGAAGACUGUGACUCUGAAGAAGGGAGUGGAGAAGACUGUGACAGUACUCAGUGCUCCAGAGAAGACUGUGACUCUGAAGAAAGGGGGAGGAAAGACUGGGACUCUGAAGAAGGGAGUGGAGAAGACUGCGACGGUACUUGGAGCACCGGACAAGGCUGUUACUCUGAAGGAGGCGGCUGACAUCGUGGUUCACUACCUGGACCCCCUUUAUUCUCAGGGAAAAUUUGCUACCAAGGACCUGUUCAAGUCCUGCGCCCGAUUCCUGUCUCACCUGCUCACAGAGGGGAGGAGCUGUGGGAGGGGCCAAGUGAAAUCCGAGGCGCGGGGCCUGAUCCAGAAGCUGUUCGGCCGCGUGCAGCGCUGCGAGAGCGAGGCGGACUGGCAGCCCCUGAGAGGCGCGGUGGGCGGGGCCAACGGGGCAGCAACAUGAAGCUCCGCCCCUUUCCCCCCAUCCAGGACACAGGCUCAUAGCUGAGGACACUAAUGACUGACUCCUGGUGUUCCAUGAUUGCCUGCUGCUAAAUCCUGCCCCUCCCCCACAUGGACCGCCAUCCUGGCAGCACAGCCAUCGCCCAGCAGAGAGCAAGUGUUCAGCCUGGGGGGGGGGCAGAGAGCAAGUGUUCAGCCUGGGGGGGGGCAGAGAGCGAGUGUCCAGC